CGUCAAAAUCGCAUGGCUACCAACCUCGGCGCUGUCACCGCUGGUUCCGGUUCUUUUCAAACCAAGUCCUCUCCGACGUAUGUUGUGUCGAUUAUUUUAACUUGAGAACAUGGUUCGCAUCAGUGUACUAGCCGAUGCCCUGAAGUGCAUCAACAAUGCCGAGAAGCGCGGCAAGCGCCAGGUCCUGAUCCGGCCGAACUCGAAGGUCGUCAUCAAGUUCCUGACGGUGAUGAUGAAGCAUGGCUACAUCGGAGAGUUCGAAAUCGUCGACGAUCACCGGUCCGGCAAGGUGGUGGUCAAUCUGACCGGGCGCCUCAACAAGGCCGGUAUCAUCUCGCCCCGCUUCGACGUCAAGAUGAACGACAUCGAACGGUGGACCAACACCCUGUUGCCGUCGCGUCAGUUCGGAUACGUGGUGCUGACCACCAGUGGAGGAAUCAUGGACCACGAGGAAGCUAGGAGGAAACAUUUGGGAGGCAAAAUUCUGGGAUAUUUCUUCUAAGGAAUGUUGCUGCGUUAGGUGUUUACAGGUGCAUCUCUGUAAAAGUUAAAUUCCAAUAACAAACAACCGAGCGAGAUCCAAACAGCAACGCACUCUGGUUGAGAUUUUUCUUUUGUUUUUUUCCUUACACACGUUCGGUGCCCAACCGGUUAAUUUAGGCUAGCUCGUUUUAUGAGAGCUUGAUAAAUGCUUUACAUUUGAAGCAGUGAAAAAAAUAAAAGGAAAAUCAAACUUA